UCCCUCACAUUAAACGCCACCGAGGAAGAAACAAUGUAGUGGAUUUGACACUUAUGACCCAACGAGCGCCGCUGCUGCGUUUUAUUGCUGUUUAAUUUAAAAGUGUGGUUAAAAAUGGCUGAAUCUUCAUCAGAUUUCACAGCGCGCACCGCGGAAACGAAGCCGGCAGUGUUAGGAGCAGAAUACACUCCCACAGAGGAGGAGAGGAAAGUGUUCAAACAGUGCGAUGAAGAAAGCUUCUGGUACAGAUCGGUGCCGUUCUCCGUCAGCGGUAUGGCCCUCACACACAUCCUCGUCACCAAAGGGAAGCUGACGGCGUCGCCGCGGUUCGGAUCUCUGCCUAAAGUGCUGUUUGCCGGUAUGUGUGGCUACUUCGCAGGAAAGUUGUCCUACAUGAAGGUGUGUCAGCAGAAAUUCUACAAAUUGGAGAAUUCACCAAUUGCAGAAGCUCUUCGACAGAGACACCGACAUCAUCAGCGCCCACCACAGUUUGCUGCUCCUCAGUCGGAGCUCAGUGAGGAUGAGAAGCAGCAGUUUGAUGUGUUUCAGUCUGAGAGUGUCUCAGAGUCGACGUAUUCCCCGCCUGACUUCAGCUACAGCGACGCCACACACUCAGCUCAACAGCACGACCUUCACACACCCGCGCUGCGUGUGGAGGAGGAGGAGGAGGAGGAAGUGAAGAGGAAGCCCAUCCUUUAUGAGGAGCUACGCAACAAGAACAGGGAGAACUACGACAUCACCCGGACCCAGAAAAUAGACAGAGACACACCCAAGAAGGAGGGUGAGAGCUUGAAGAAGAACAAAUAUGGCGAUACGUGGGAAGAGUGAGGAGUCCAUGUGACCGGGAGAGCGCUGCGCUGUGUGUCUGUAAUGUAGCGAGUGUGUGAACGCCUUCAUCAGUGUAUUCCUGGAUUAAUAAUAAAAGCUUUAAAUGAAAAAAUAUAAUGACUUUUUUUAAUUUGUGAGAAAUGCAAUGAGAUAAUGGGAUGAAGGAAGGGUUUUCUAGAAAAUCUGCAGUGCCUGCUUUGCACAGAGACUGAUUUUUUAAAAUAUUGCAAAAGUAUUAAUCAUAAUAGAAGUAUUAAUGAAAAUAGUGCAGCAUCCUGCAGUUUACCUUGUUCUCUAUUUGUGACUAAUUAAUUGUACAUUCUGGGUUUUUUUAUUAAAAAAAGUAAGCAUUGAAAUAUCA